GUUUUGGGGAGUAUCAGGCAAAGCCGACGGACAGAUAAAGAGCUAGGGAAGAGACUCCAUGAUUCAGACUGGUCCCUUAAAGCAACCGCCGUGACUGGAGGAAGUGUGCCUACCACCAAGGAAACUACCAUAAUGACAUAUUAAAAAGAACUUUUCUGCACUGGAUUGAAGACAAAAGCAAUGUCCAUGAUGAAGUCUAACAUGAAAAAGACUGCAAAAGAAACAUUUAACUGGGAUGAUUACUUGAAUGAGACCAGUUCAGUAGCUGCACCACCAAAUUGUUUCAGACAGUCUAGGACACCACCUAGAAAUGAUUUCAAAAUUGGCAUGAAACUGGAAGCUCAUGACCCUCGAAAUGUUACCUCUGUUUGUAUUGCUACUGUUAUUGGAAUCACUGGGGCACGUCUGCGUUUACGGCUGGAUGGCAGUGAUGACAAGAACGACUUCUGGCGAUUGGUAGACUCUUGUGACAUUCAACAAAUUGGCACUUGUGAGAAGAAGGGUGACAUGUUGCAGCCUCCUUUAGGGUUUCGUAUGAAUGCAUCUUCUUGGCCAAUGUUUCUCUUGAAAACACUUAAUGGAGUGGAUAUGGCACCAGCAACUUGCUUUAAAAAGGAAAUUCAAAAGCCAUUACAGAAUUUCUUUAAAACUGGAAUGAAACUGGAAGCAGUGGAUAAGAAAAACCCUUAUUUAAUUUGCCCAGCGACUAUUGGAGAUGUUAAAGGGGAUGACGUUUUUAUCACUUUUGAUGGCUGGAAAGGAGCAUUUGACUAUUGGUGCAAGUAUGACUCUAGGGACAUCUUUCCUAUUGGAUGGUGCUCUUUGACUGGGGAUUCACUACAGCCCCCUGGAAACAGUGUUGCUCUCCCAAAGACAACAAGUCCUACAGCAGCAUCACAGAUAAAAGGUAUUAGACGUUCAAUGCAAUCACCUCAGAAACAUGUGCAGACACAGAAAGGAAGGAAGCCAAUGCGAGACAAGUGCCUUGAACAAACCUCUGCUCCUCCAAGGAAAGGCAAGCGUCCAAAGAAUACGUCUCUGUCACGGAACACCCCCAGCGCAGAAAACCUCAAAGCAAAGGGUACAGGGUUAAAGCCAGGAAGAAAGAAAGAAACUUUAACAUUAAACAUAUCUCUGCCUCUUGGAAACACAUCUGAUGUAGACCACAGCAAAUCCCAGAUACUUAAAGAUUGUGUUGGAAUACUGGAUUCUCCUAUGGCAGUGAUAUCCACAGUUUGUGUAUAUGUAAACAAGCAUGGAAAUUCAGGACCACAUCUGGAUAAGAAAAAAGUAUUACAGCUUCCUGAUCAUUUUGGGCCUGGACCCGUAAAUGUAGUUCUACAGCAGGCAGUGCAGGCCUGUGUUGACUCUGCCUACUACAGUAAAGUAGUCUUCAACUUUCUUAAAUCAGGCCAUCAUGGCGGAGAAGCCAUAACAGCUUCUUUUGAUGGAGCAAAACACACUGUUCAUCUUCCGACAGUGAACAGUGCAUCUUUUGUGUUGCGAUUUUUAGAGAAACUCUGUCACAGCCUGCAGUGUGAUAAUCUGUUUAGCAGCCAACCUUUCAGCCUGCACAUGGGUGGAGCACACAAUUCAACAGACUAUGACAGGAGUAAAACAACAAAAGAAGAAAUCACUGAUAAGAGCAACAAAAGAUAUUGUCAAGACCCUCCUUCAUUUUCAGCCCCUCUAUCUCCCAAGCUGCCAAGAACAGAGGUGCAUCCUCCAGAAGCAGAAACAUUGCCAACAGAAGAAAACACCACUCCAAAAGAUCAAAGAUUUUCAGAGGAGUCCAUGGAUUCAGCACAAAAUACAUUAAAUACUCCUAGCCCAGCUACUCGAAACACAGCAGAGUACCGCAACAUAGGAGCUGCAUCAACCUAUUACAGGGGCUCAGUUCAGCCUGUCACUGCUACCUCAAAUUCUGCUCCUGUUGUACGAAGAUCAUCUUCUAGCUCUGCCAGCAACAGCUAUGAUACUAACCGAAAUUGGACUCAGAGGAGAAUAGAAGCUGCAAGUUCUACCACAGGACCUGAGCUUCACUCGUCAGAGCGGCAAACCUCACAAGGCCUCGGCAAAGACCCAGCCAUGUGGUCCGUAGAUGACGUCAUGCGUUUUGUGAAGGAAGCCGAUCCCCAAUCACUGGCCCCUCAUGCAGAACUCUUCAGAAGACAUGAAAUUGACGGCACAGCUCUGCUCCUACUUAAAAGUGACAUGAUUAUGAAAUACAUGGGACUGAAACUUGGCCCUGCCCUGAAGUUGUGCUACCACAUUGAAAGACUAAAGCAAGGAAAGUAAUUUGUUACUGGACGCAAUUGCUAGCAGCCGUUAUUUACCUCUAGCAUCAUCUCACAUAUGCAUAAGCUUGAAACUGGCUAUAAAAUACCUCCUUUUGUAAUAUAAUACUAAAGAUCUCAAUUAUUUUUACAAAACUUGUCAAUUUUUUUUCAAUUUAGAUAUAUUGUUUUUACUCUAUGGUGGUGCUAAACAGCAGGAGAACUGGACCCUCUUUGUCUGCGGAUUUUUGCUGCACAGAUUGAUGCAGAUGUAACCAAAAGGCUAAUAUACAAAUCAGCAUGCAAAGCAGGAGUGGCUAAUACCAGAAGACCAAUACCAGCAUUGUUGAAUUUUUUUUACCUAUUUAUUUAUAUAUAUUUAUAUAUAUAUAUAAAAAUGUUUUUAAGAAAAAUUUUAAGACUUGUGCUAACUUUGGCAGCUACACUAAAUGUAAUUUUCUUUGUCUAAAACGUUGAACAGUGUUUCCAUAUUUCUACAGAACAGACUUCAAAAUCUUUAUUUUAUAUCCACUCCUGGAUUAUCCAAACUCUCUCAUUUACCAAGUUUUGGAAGAAUUUUACUUUAAAGCAAGACUUUCUACCUGCCCAUGUGUGUACUCAUGUUGCAAACAGAUUUAUUUAGAUGAAAUUGAAAUUUAACUAACCUGGUAGCUUAUAUUUGAAAGGGAAUAUGUAAAAUCUUAAAGGGAUACUGUCAUGGGAAAAACUUUUUUUUUUUUUUUUUUUUUAAAACGCAUCAGUUAAUAGUGCUGCUCCAGCAAAAUUCUGCACUGAAAUCUGUUUCUCAAAAGAGCAAGCAGAUUUUCUUAUAUUUAAUUUUGAAAUCUGACACGGGGCUAGACAUAUUGUCGGUUUCCUAGCUGCCCCAGUCAUGUGACUUGUGCUCUGAUAAACUUCAGUCACUCUUUUCUCCUGUAGGCAAGUUGGAGUGAUAUCACCCCCUCCCUUUCCCCCCCAGCCAGGCCUGGAUUUGUGGCAAGGCCACAGAGGCCUGGGAAAAGGGCUGCAAAAUUUUAGGGGCGGCAUGCCGCCCUGCCGCAUAGUGAACUACAUUGGGAACUCUGAGCUCCCUUGCGCACGCUUGCGGGGGGCACUAGGACCGGAGCCCUUCGGGUGGUGAGCAGGGGAAUCCGGCCCUGUCCCUAGGAGCCCAUCAGCAGAACAAUAGUAGGGUAAUCAGAUAUCAGCUCCCUAAAACAAGACAACAGCUGUCUUAUAGAUCAAUCAAUAGUAAAAUCCAGGUCCCAGUGUGUCACAUUCAGUUACAUUGAGUAGAAGAAACAACAGCCUGCCAGAAAGCAGUUCCAUCCUACAGUGCUGGCACUUUCUAAAAGCACAUGACCAGGCAAAAUGACCCGAGAUGGCUGCCUACACACCAAUAUUACAACUACAAAAAAUUAAUUUGUUGGUUCAGGAAUGAAAUGUUAUAUUGUAGAGUGAAUACAUCAUCAGCCAUUUGGAACCGACUUGUAUUCUAACCCUUUCCAUUUUAUAAUAGGACUCACAAUCAUAUAAUUGCUUUCAGUAAAUUAUAUUGAGAAAACAAAAACACAUAUAUACUACCUUUUUUUUUUUUAUAGCCAUUAUUUGUCUGUGUCUUUAUUUGAUGUAUAAAGUCAUUACCAGUGGGGACUCAUUUAUCAACUGAGCAGUAAGGGUAAGGCCACACAAGGAGAUUCGGAGAGAUUUUGUCGCCUGGCGACGUAUCGCCACGUCUUUUGCGCAACUAUCUCCCCGAAAUGCCUCAGCGUCUUUUCCCCAUAGGCUACAGCGCAAAAUCGCCUGCGCUAAUGCACACGCGGCAAUGCGAAUACUGAGGCAACUUUGGGCGACUAUGAAUGAAAAGUUGCCUGCGCUGAUGCACACGCGGCGAUGCGUUUUCAAUAGUCGCCCAAAGUUGCCUCAGUAUUUGCAUUGCCGCGUGUGCAUUAGCGCAGGCGACUUUUCAUUCAUAGUCGCCCAAAGUUGCCUCAGUAUUCGCAUUGCCGCGUGUGCAUUAGCGCAGGCGACUUUUCAUUCUAGCCUAUGCAGAAAAGACGCUGAGGCAGUUCGGGGAGAUAGUCGCGCAAAAGACGUGGCGAUAAGUCGCCAGGCGACAAAAUCUCCCCGAAUCUCCUCGUCUGGCCUUACCCUAACUCGUAGUAACAAAUGAUUAAAGGCAAAAUGUGAUUGGUUGUCGUGAGUUACUGCCACGGUGCAAACGUUGAUAAAGGAGUCCCAUUUUCUCCUAAAUCUGCUCCCAUCAAAAAUGACAAUGGAUUGCUGAAGAGCCUCUCUAAAGGGAUAUCUACUUGUGUAACGUUUGGUUUCUAAAAGGAAUACAUUGUGCUUGGAGCCUCCUAUGCAAUAUUCCAUGUGUAAAAUGUAAAUGCCGUAUUGUACGAAUAUACAGGACGCCAAUGACACAAACGCACAUACGUUCUUACUGAAUGUGUAGUGAUAACUUACAGUGUGAAUUAUAUUUCCUACUGCCUUUUGUAUACAAAAUGAUCUAUUUGAUGUAUUUUCUGCACACUUUAUUGAUGAGAAGGCUUUUCUAAUGUUUGAUUCCUCAGGUUUUAGCAAUUAAAUGUUGCUAACUCUUG